GAGCCAGUCGAGCGCCGGGCGGUUUCCAGGGUAACGGGAGCGGGGUCGGUCCCGGUUCGGUCCCGGGGUCGGUCCCGGUUCGGUCCCGGGUCGGUGCCGGGGCCGCGCCGGUGCCGCCGCUCCCCAUGGCCUGUCGCGAUGCCAUUUCAUGGUACCAGAAGAAGAUCGGGGCCUACGACCAGCAGAUAUGGGAGAAGGCCGUGGAGCAGACCCAGAUGAAGGGCUUCAAGAACAAGCCCAAGAAAAAGGGGCACAUCCAGCCCGAUCUGAUCGACGUGGACCUGAUCAGCGGCUCUACCUUUGCCAAAGCCAAGCCUGAGAUUCCCUGGACGUCGCUGACGAGGAAGGGAAUUGUCAGAGUGCUGUUCUUCCCCUUGUUCAGACAGUGGUGGAUACAGGUCACUUCCCAGCGUAUUUUUAUGUGGCUCUUGGUGCUCUACGUUAUGCAAGUGGUGGCGGUGGUGCUGUACUUCACGGUGCCUGCUGUGAGUGCCAGUGAGGUGAUGGGACCCCUGUGCCUCAUGCUGCUGCUGGGGACAGUCCACUGCCAGAUCGUGUCCACGCAGGUGAACAGAGCUGCAGGCAGCAACGGGCUCAGCCGGCGCCGCAGGAAGUUGCGCAAGGCUGUGGGCGUGGAUGGGAACAGUUGGUGCUCUCCUGACAGAACCAGCAAGGAAGAGCAGUCUGGCUCUGCAUCUCUGCUGACCAAUUUAUCCAGCCUGCUCUUCCAGAGGAGGAAUAGAAGAAUGAAGCUGGUGGCUGAGAAAGGGACUGAGACAGAAAGUGGAGUGAGUGCUGGUGGUGAUGGCAUCAAAGCCAGACAGGCCAGAUCUGAGCACAGGCUGCUGCACUCCAAAGACAAAAGUAAACUUUCUGAUGGGGAGAAGAGCCAUCAGGAAGACCUUGGAAUAGAUCCUGAGUGGAAUUCUGUCCUGCUGUGCCAUCCCACUCCUCUCUGUGAAGGAGUUUGGACAGGGGCAGAGCUCGGUGCGGGGGCACAGCCCAGGAUUGUGGGUUUGUUACCCCCCAGCUCACAGACACCUCUGGGCUUAGGGCUGCUGGAUGAUGGCACCAACAGGGACGGUGCUUCUGACGAGCUGUCGAGCGAGGAGGAUGCUGAGGAUGCUGAGGAUGCUGAGGCCAUGGCACAGAGGAUCCUGCUACGCCCCAGCAUGGAAGGGGCUUCCAGUGACAACAGCUACGAGGAGAAGAGGAAGAGGCCUCUGGUUUCUCUCAACCAGGCUGUCUCACAGGUCAAGCAAGCCCUGAAAGCUGCCAGAGACUCUGACAGCGUUGUGGAGUCUGAACUGGAAUCCACAUUGUACAGGCAGGAGCCCAGGUCGUGCCUGAGCGCGGCGCCGCGGAGCUGCGGCGGGAGCCGGCGGGACUCGGAGAGCACGCGGCAGGACUCGGAGACCGAGGACAUGCUGUGGGACGAUCUCCUGCACGGCCCCGAGUGCCGCUCCUCGGGCACCAGCGACAGCGAGGAGCGCUCCCGCAGGGACUCCCGCAGGGACCUGAAGGAGGACGUCUUCCAGCAGAACCAUCUGUUCUGGCUGCAGAACACCAGCCCGGCGUCUGCCAAAGUGAGUGCUCUGAUCUGGGAAGGGAAUGACUGCAAGAAGGUGGACAUGUCCGUGCUGGAGAUCAGUGGGAUCAUCAUGAGCAGGGUUAAUGCCCACCAGCAAGGAGUGGGGUAUCAGAUGCUGGGCAACGUCAUCACCAUCGGCUUGGCCUUCCUGCCAUUCCUCUACAGACUGUUCCGCACGGACAACCUGGAGCAGCUCUGCUCCAUUUCUCUGAUGGAGCUUCUGCACAUCUUCUGUGGAGCCCCGAUCAGCACCCCUGUGCUCAUCCUGUCUGCCAUCAACUUCCUGGAAAGGCUCUGCUUAACCUGGAUGUUUUUCUUCAUGAUGUGUGUUGCUGAGAGGACCUACAAACAGAGGUUUUUGUUUGCCAAGCUCUUCAGUCACAUCACAUCUGCUCGGAAAGCCAGGAAAUACGAAAUCCCUCACUUCAGGCUCAAGAAGGUGGAGAACAUCAAGAUCUGGUUAUCCCUUCGCUCCUACCUGAAGAGGCGAGGCCCCCAGAGGUCUGUGGAUGUUGUGGUGUCCUCAGUCUUUUUACUGGCUCUUUCAAUUGCUUUUAUCUGCUGUGCCCAGGUUCUUAAAGGUCACAAAACCUUUCUGAGUGCAGCUUACAACUGGGAGUUCCUGAUGUGGGAGGCAGCACUGCUCCUCUUCCUGCUACGUCUGGCAUCUCUGGGCUCUGAGACCAACAAGAAAUACAGCAACAUUUCCAUCCUGCUCACUGAGCAGAUAAACUUGUACCUGAAGAUGGAGAAGAAGCCAAACAAGAAGGAGCAGCUCUCCCUGGUGAACAAUGUGCUGAAGCUGUCCACAAAGCUGCUGAAGGAACUGGACAGUCCAUUCAGGCUGUAUGGGCUGACCAUGAACCCACUGAUCUACAACAUCACACGGGUUGUCAUCCUGUCUGCUGUCUCAGGAGUGAUCAGUGACCUGCUGGGAUUCAACAUCAGAUUAUGGAAAAUUAAACCAUGAACUGGCAGAAUGUCAGCCCUGGGCAUCUCCACCAGACACCAGAGAAGAGAACCAGCAGUGUGGGCAGAAAGAAGAAAACUGACAGAAAUCUGUAAUUCCAACUUUUAAACAGAUUCCCGGUGUGUGCAUCAGAAGUUUUCUUUCUGCUUUAGUGCUCUGCCCCAUCCAGAGUGAGCUGGUCUCACCAGUGAGGUCAGCCCAUGGCAUGCACAGACAAGCUGGAUGAAUGGUGCCAAUGCUGGCAGCUGGCUCUGAACCUGCAGGAGCUGCUGUGGGACAUCAAACACUAAAGCCAUACCAGAGCUGCAGCUGGGGGACACCAGUGGCUGUGCCUGGGGCCGUGUUCCUGUAAAACCUGGGCCCUGGCAUGUGGCAAGGGGGGACUGAGCCCUCCUGGCCCAGUCAGCCUUGCUGGGGCUGCCCUGGAAUGUUCCAGCUGGAGAAUCCUUCGCUGUGCUGCCCUGGCUGUGCUGAAGAGCUUUUCUUCCCUUCGAGCUCUGCGUGCUCGAGGCUUUGCCUCCGUCCUGAGGCGCCCCGGGGUGCACGGGGUGAAUCCCCCUCCCAAACCCUGCUGCUGGCUUGAGCUGGGGCUGCUGCCAGGGAAUUAUCGAGGGCAGUGGUUCCAGGAGAAGAACCUUUCAGCAGCUACAGGCACGGUGUUGGUGAGCUGGAGGAUGUUUUGCCACAUCUGCUCCCUGGAGUUCUCGGCUCCUUCCUGUCCUGGCUGUGGCAGCAGCUCUGCAGCCCAGCACUGUGACAGAGCCUCACCCUGAACACCUGGGGAGGAAAUCUGGGGGAAAAAACCACAGAGACUUCCUCAGCUUCAUCUUUAGAAAGGUCCUGGAGAGCAGGAAAACAUUUGAAGGCUUCUGUAACACUUCCCUGGCUCCACUGGAUUCCAUUUAUUGGAGGUGAAAAGAGCAAAAACUGAGGAACUUCUCAUUCCUUCACAGCAGGGUGGAACGGCAGAAGAAGUUUUGGUAGUAAAUUGAUUACAGCUAUUUCCUGUGCAAGGAAGAGCUGUGAGAUGUCAAAGGAGGUGACAUUUUUAUACAGCAAAAUGUGCAAAUAAACCUGCAGGACAAGCACCUCAUCGUUGCCAACGGUUUCUACAGCACUUGAUGAUUUUUAUACCAUCUUUUUGAACAUCUCUUACUGGAAUGGGGGGUCAGGGACACAUCCAUUAAUAAAAUAAAUCACAUUUGUUUUCCAGAA